AUGGACGACGCGCCUCCGUCUUACGAGACGGCCAUUACUAAAGACCAUUGGAAGAUCAUAGCCCGCUAUAUCCGUUCGCGGGAUUUGUGUUCUGCUGCACUUGUUUGCGAAAGAUGGCAUGAGAUAUUUGCCCCACAUCUCUGGGGUAAUCCAGCCUCUCAUUUCGGAGCACAAAAUGACACUGUAUAUGUCGCCUUGACUCGCUUCAAGCGAACGCUCUCAUGGGCGCGUCUCUGUGUUCGGGAGUUGACCCAUACGCUUCACCUACCUCCAGCGCAUGCAGAGAUAUACGGCGGACCGCACUCUGACUGGCUAAGAGAUAUUCUCGAGCGCUUACCUCGCCUUCAAUCGCUUAUCGUGGACGGAUUGCCCUUUUUCGACCAUGCGUCUCUGCUCACGCUGCGGUACAGCUCUAGCUAUGCGUCGCAGCCUGCAGGAUUUCCUGUCUAUGGGUUGCGUUUGCUGGAUGCUUCCAACUGCUCGAAUUCGACAUCAAAUGGCUUGGCUGAAGCACUAAUCCAUUUUCCGGCUCUGAUCUCUCUUGACUUAUCAAGAACAAUUGCAGCUCGGGACAUUGUUGUGUUCAGCAAGCUCGGAUUCUUGUCCGGUCUUCGUGUUCUAAAGCUCCGGGGCCUAAGCCUGAAGGACGGCGAUUUCGAGAUGAUUGCCCAGUCGAUUGGAACGAGGGUCACUAGUCUAGACCUACGCGACAAUAACUUGACAGAUGCUAGCGCUCGAAUGCUCCUAGACCACUGUUUGAAAGACGAUGAGGCGGGACGUCAAUCACGGCGCAACCAACGGGAUGAUUCACGGUAUAACACAUUUCCCGAAGCAGACAUUGACAACGGGGUUGAGGACCUUGAUCGGUACUUGCGAAUCAAGUUGACUCAAGGAUUCGUUGGCCGCCUUGCCAUUGAGGAUACCGACGACGUCGGCAUAACACACCUUCACAUAUCUAAUAACGACAUGACAGUAGAAGGAAUUUCAGGCUUGAUACGGUCUAAGAGAUUAAGUUUUCUCGAUGUUGGAACAUUAUCUCGAGCCCUGCGGAGACCGCGAUCCAUGUCCAUGGGAGAUAGUGAUGAAGCAUUUUCGCUUCCUGGAGCUGAGAAGCUGACUCAAGUCCUGGCAGAAUCUGGGUCAGCUGGCUUGAAACAUCUUCGAAUCAACCACGCCGUAAUCACAGAAGAGUCUACUCUCACGCCGAACUCUCCGCAUCGAGCGGAAAUGGAGGGAAACUUCGGGGUGUAUGCUCCGACUAAUGCUCACGAACUUGAAGCCGUUCCGCCCCGUCCACCAGAGCUUGAUGCACUUGAGUCAGCUGUACUCGAGCUUCCUGGGGAUUCUGCUCAUCCGUCCGAGCUUCCUGGUUCUCUUCCAGAGCAUGACGAGGUAGGCUCCGAAGACGAGAUUUCGCCAGGGAUCAAACGCGCUCCAACUUUUGAAGUCACUAUAGACCAGGUCCUUAACGUUCGGAGAGGUAGUGCCUUUGCUCCUGAGCCAGUGAACACAGACGACGCCCUGUCUCCAAUUGGUACAUUUCCCGAUGCAACCGGUGGCUUGUCGCCAGUCUCGCCCAUAUUUAAUGGCAGAUCGAGGAGUCCUUCCUUGAACAGCCUCGACGAGCGACCGAGCAGCAUAAGAUCAGGCCGAAACUCCAUAUAUUAUAUCGAAGAACGUCGGGCGCGGCUCGAGCUACGGCAGUCACGAGAAAACUCUUUACACCCUGGAAUGCUCCCAAAACUCCACACGCUGGUCCUGACCGAUGUACCCUUGAAGACCAGCCGCCCCGAAGUAGUCCAGCGACUGGUCCAGUUCAUUCAAGACUGCGCCGAAGAGACCGAAAUGGCCAAGCUCCGAGCCCAGCACACGUACGCCCUACCACCAGGACGAAGUCGAGCCGUAGCAGAGCGCGAGUACGCCCGCAGCCUCUUUUCGCUCCGCCGGAUCGUGCUUGAGAUGGCCCCUCCUCUUGCGCCUCUUAAAAAGAUUUCUACAAGUUGGCGGCAAUACCCUACCAAGUCCUCUACAGAGGACACGGAUUCCGAGAAGUUCUGGGACGCCGCUACGCACGACUUCUCGUUCUUCGGCGACGAAGAGUGUGGCCUGCCAAACCAGGAGCCUGGUCGUCAUCUGCCGCUCGCUGCUAUGAGUGGCUUGAUGCUUGCACCGCCUCCCGCUCCUGCCAGUAGUCAUCAAUCGCAGCAUACUUUGGCUGCACCGUCGAUUGAUGUUGUUGCCGAGUUGUCCAAGUUCCGCAAAGAUCGCAAGGCUGCGUUCCAAGCUGCCGUCAGCCGGGGAGACAUCGAGCCUGCCAUCGAGGGGUACUGGCCAGGCGAUAUCACAGUCGUUCGACACCCGAUCUCGUCGGAGGCCGUUGACUACUACGGGAAUCAGUUCGAAUCAGGAUGGCACUAUCGAUGACUGCAGAACUUCGAUGAGUGGAGGAGUUUGGAAUUUGGCAGGCUGAUUCUGUAGGUGUAGGUUUUUGUACGUUACUUUUGUCAUUCGGAGCGAAAUGGUCAGGGGUGGAAUCCAUCAUAAUCAUGACCCGCAAGUUCAUAUAUCUUGGUGCUCUAAUUUACAUGCUCACAUGUUCAAGGUUUGGCCUAUCGCAUGACGAUGCAUAAGUGCUGCCCUUAGCCCCAUUCUCUAAGCUCAUGUCAACUCCUCGCAUACGAUUCGCACCUCCGCAUACUUUUACAUAGUAUCUCACCG